AUUACUAAAUAUGCCAUCACAAAUUUCUCAAAAUGACUGCACCCUUGACUUCAGUAUGUGAGAACCCAUGUGCACUUGCCUUUUAUAGCUUCCUGGCUUAACUCAUGUGCUAUCACUUAAAAAAUUGAAGUAGUCACGUGCUGUUGUCUAAUUCUUUUGGUAAUCAGACAAGAUUAUUAUCGCUUCAAGAAUGGUCUCCAUCUUUCAUCCCUUCCUCUUUUCUGCUUCUGUCCAGCUGGGUUUCAAGUUCACUUUGAUUUUUGACUCAAAACAAACAACACUUCUCUGUUGUGCCUUCAAUUGGCAUGCAGACAAAUCUUCCAUUUGCUGUCUGUUUCCAGGGAUGUCUAUUUCUUUCUUCUUCUGUGCGCUUUGCCAUUGGGUCUUCAUUUGACCAGCAUUUUGAAUCUUCAUUUCUGCAGCAUUUUGAAUUUGAAAAACAUUCUGGGUUCAUUUUCAACUCCGCAGAAGAAGAGGAUUUCAUCCACCUUUGCACUGUAUCCACCUUAGCACUCCAUGAAAGAGGCUAAUUAUAAUCAUCUGAAGCUUGAAAACUUCCCAUCCUUGAAUAGUGAUGCUUCUGGUUCUGCAGCAAAAAGAAGAAGGCAGCUGUUUUAUAGCAAUGCAGAAAAUGCCCAGCCAGAUGAAGGGGGGUUUAUGUCUGCUAAUAAUCCAGCUUCUUUUGUUACUCCUAGACGUCCUUCGUCUCUUCCAUCAUUUCAGAGAACUCCAACUGAACGACCUCCACUAUCGCAUUUGACCAAUCAAAGUUGUACACCAAAUGGUAUAAAUUCCACACCUAACAGAGGUUCUGUAUUCAACAUUAAUACAAACCUGUCUCCCAAUUAUCCACAACCAAUGUCCAGUUUUAACAAUCACAGUUCCUCUUUUACAGGUACUAUUUUUAACAUGAAUGCACCACGAACUCCAACUGAACGAGAGACACUAUCAGAUUUGACCAAUCAAAGUUAUACACAAAAUGGUUAUAGUAUCAAGAGGAAUGCACAGACAUCUAUAACACAUCGACCUUCUCCUUCCAACCUAACACAUCAUAGCUUAAGAUCAUCAGGUUCUGUGUUGAAGGUGCCUGCACAUAAUUCUUUGAAUGGUAGAGUGCCACUGUCAAACUUGACAAAUCAGAACCUAAGAUCAUCUGAAAAAAUAGCGGAAUCAAGAGAAACCUGCAACGAUAAAAGGCAAGUCAGAAUGCAAUCAAAUACUUCAAAGAGCAGAGUUAACAGGAUUGACACAUCUGGUGAAGGAAUGCCGAUAACUAGGUUAUUUCCUGAUGAAAAUGGACAGUCUCAUGAAACAGAUGAGGAUGUUGAGAUGGACCCGGCUGACGAUGAUGCCUUGCCUGAGGAAGACGAUACUGUUUAUGAUGGAGUGUUAUAUGGAAGUGAUAGUGAUGUGGAUGAAACGACCUUUGAUGAAAUUGGUGCCUGUCCUACUGAAGGAUAUUGUAGUCUUGGAAUUCCAAAUGAAAAAUGUAUACAUUGUGGUGCUGUUAUGUGGAAGGAAGAGCGCGUCAAUAAAAAUGUCAAGAAGGGAACCCCUGAAUUUUCGAUAUGUUGCUGCAGAGGCCAGAUCAAGUUGCCUAAAGUUCCACCUACACCGUCUUACCUAAUGCAGUUGUAUAAUGAUCCAGAAAAGGGAGACAGUUUCAGAAGGAAUGUACGCUUAUAUAACACCAUGUUCGCUUUCACCUCUAUGGGUGGGAGAGUUGACCAUUCAAUUAAUACCGGUAGAGCCCCCUACAUUUACAGAUUGAAUGGGCAGAAUCAUCAUGUUUUUGGGACUCUUAUACCUAAUGAAGGUCAAGAUCCCAAAUUCUGUCAAUUAUAUAUUUAUGACACUGAAAAUGAGGUUGAGAAUAGGAUGAAAUGGGUCAAGGUUAGUAAUGGUGAACCCGUUGAUGCUGCUGUUGUUCGUGGGUUGUUAGACAUGUUGGAUUCGACAAAUGAGUUGGUUCCCUUCUUCCGUAUGGCGCGCGAUAGGUUCAAAGAAGAUGCUGUGCAGGAUUUGAAAAUUGUCAUGAAAAUUUCACGUGCUGAUAGUGGGCGUGAGAAUUUUAUCGGUCCUUCGAAUGAGGUUGGUGCUAUCAUGGUAGGUGAUCUCGAAGAUACCUGUGGUGAGAGAGAUAUUGUCAUUCACAGUAUUAAGGAUGGACUACAGCGUAUCAGUGAUAUUCACCCUAAAUUAAUGGCAUUACAGUACCCGUUGCUUUUCCCAAGAGGUGAGGAUGGUUACUCAGAUGAUAUUCCUUAUGAGAAGACCAAGAAUAGUGCUGGAAAGAAACGUAAGAGGGUCACCAUGAAGGAGUAUUACUCUUAUCGACUUCAAGUCCGGCAUAAUGAAGGGAACACUCCAAGGCUUGGUGGCAGACUAUUUCAACAGUAUAUUGUUGACUCCUUUUCGGCUAUUGAACAAGCCCGCUUGUGGUGGUACCGAACUCAUCAAACCACUCUUCGCAAUGACCUCUACACAAAUAUCAAAAAAAGUCUAAGCAUGGGUGAAGGUAGCACAACAAAUGUUGGCAAAGGUUUUAUACUGCCUGCUAGCUUUCUUGGUUCUCGGAGGUACAUGCAACAGUGCUUUCAAGAUGCCCUUGCAGUUUGUAGGCAUAUUGGACAUCCGGACAUUUUCUUGACCAUGACUACCAAUCCUUUGUGGGAUGAGAUUCAAGAGAUGAUGAAAAACAUGCCCGGCUGCCUACCUGUGGACUCUCCUGAUGUAAUUGCGCGUGUUUUCAAGCUUAAACUUGAUCAGAUUGUUGAUGAUAUAAAGAACAAGGGCUAUUUUGGAAACUGUGCUGCAAUCAUGUACGUUGUUGAGUUUCAAAAGCGUGGUCUUCCGCAUGUCCACAUGCUCAUCUGGCUGGAUUCUCAGUCUAAGAAAAAACUCAAUGCCAAUGUAGACAGCUUUGUAUCUGCUGAAAUUCCCGAUCCUAUUAAAGACCCUAUUGGUUAUCAAGCUGUAGCUAGACACAUGAUGCAUGGUCCCUGUGGUUUGCUCAACACCAAGUCUCCUUGCAUGAAGGACAUGAAGUGUAGUAAACACUUCCCUAAAAAGUAUUGCGCUCAAACUAUGUUUGAUCAAUCGGGCUUCCCUAUUUACAAGCGCCGUAAUACAGGGAUCACAGUUAAGAAAGGAAUUCAUGAGCUUGACAAUCAAUAUGUAGUUCCCUACAACCGAGAUCUACUGGUGAAGUACCAAUGCCACAUGAACGUGGAGAUUUGUUGUCAUGCACGUAGCCUCAAGUACCUUUUCAAAUACUGCCUCAAAGGUCACGACCGUGCGACAGUUGAGAUUUCAAACAAAACCACAGAUGCUCAAUCUAUUUCUGUUGAUGCUCCCAAAGAUGAAAUUCAAGCUUAUUUUGAUGGACGAUACAUAUGCGGGGCUGAGGCUGCAUAUAGGAUUUUUGGAUUUGACAUCCAUUAUAGAUCUAUCUUUGUUCUUCGACUUUCCUUUCACUUACCUGGAAAACGAAAUUGUACAUUUAGAGAAGAUGAGGAACUUCACAAGGUUGUGCAAAGGGAGAAAUUUAAACUGAGUCAACUGGAGGCUUUCUUCCAACUGAACCAGAAGGACAUCAAUGCAAGGAAAUUCACUUAUGAUGAAAUUCCAAGGUACUAUGUUUGGAAUGUGGCUGACUCAACUUGGACCGUACGUAAGAAAGGCACCCAAAUAGGCAGGCUUCUAUUCACUCACCAUACUUCGGGGGAAAUUUGGUACUUGCGCUUAUUACUCACAAAGGUAAAGGGACCAACAUCAUUCAACCAUCUGAAAACUGUUGAUGGUGUAUGUUGCAAUACAUUCAAAGAAGCAUGUCAUAAAUAUGGUUUCCUGGAAGACGAUAACGAAUGGAAUGAGGUUCUUCACGAAUGUUCUAAAUGUGGCUUUCCAGGACAAAUCCGUGAGCUUUUUGUCCAUAUAAUGGUCAAUUGCCAAGUCACUGAUUUAUCUUCUCUUUGGAAAAAAUACUGGAAGAGCAUGAGUGAUGACAUUGUCAUGCUUCAUCGUAAGGAAGAUGUCAAUAAUCAUGUUUCUAUAAGCGACAAACAACUUCAAUUUUAUGUCCUAGCAGAAAUUGAUAAGUUACUAAGAUCUAUUGGCAAGUCAAUACAACAGUUUGCCCAGCUUCCGCAGCCUCCAGCUUCAUUUCUUCACAGAGGAGCAGAUAAUUUGAUAAAGGAUGAGACAAGCUAUGAUGUUCAAGAAAUGGAAGAAGAGUUCAACAAGCUUUUCCCUAAUUGUAAUCCCGAACAGCUUGAGGUGUACAAUGCUGUAUUUAAUUCAGUUCAGAAUGGCGAAGGUCGUUUAUUCUUUGUUUACGGAAGUGGUGGAUGUGGAAAGACCUACGUCUGGAAAACUCUGAUAUAUAAACUCAGAUCAAUGGGGAAGAUUGUCUUGCCUGUUGCAUCAUCUGGGAUUGCUGCUACUUUAAUGCCCGGUGGGAGGACUGCUCAUUCUAGAUUCAAGAUCCCUAUUGUUCUGGAUGAAGAUUCAUGUUGCUCGAUAUCUCAUAAUUCUGAUAUUGCAGAACUUAUAAAGAAUACCAGCCUUAUCAUAUGGGACGAGGCUCCAAUGCAACACCGUUAUGCUUUCGAAUGCCUUGACAGAUCACUUAGAGAUAUCAUGAAAUCUGUCAGUCCUGAAAGAGGUGAGAUGCUUUUUGGAGGCAUUACAGUUUUGUUAGGUGGAGACUUCAGGCAAAUACUUCCAGUAAUCAACCUUGCUUCCAGGGGUGAAAUUGUAUCAGCGUGUAUCACACGAUCUCGAUUAUGGUCUGCUGCUACAAUUUACAUACUUAAGCAGAACAUGCGACUAAACCAAGGUGAGACUGAAGCUGACAGAGAGAGUUUGAGGAUUUUUGCUGAUUGGGUCCUUAAAAUUGGUGAUGGUAAGAUUCAACCCCCAACCGACAGUACAAUCCUUUUUCAUGAAGAUGAUAUUGAGAUUCCAGCUGAAUUUUGUGACACGGAAGUUGCAAAUAGUGUUGAGAAUAUGAUCAAAUGGACGUUUCCUGAUUUUGCAGCAAAUUUUAAGACCCCUUCUUAUCUUAGUGAGCGAGCAAUUUUAACUCCAACAAACCAAACUGUUGGCCACUUGAACUCUGUAAUUGUUGGUACUAUCCCAGGAGACACCAAAUCAUACUACAGUGGGGAUAAAGCAGAAGAUUUUGGGGGGACUGCUUCUGAUCUGAAUUUUGCGUUCCCUCCGGAGUAUUUGAAUUCAUACAAUAUUCCAGGCCUUCCACCACAUCAGAUGGAAUUGAAGGUUGGUGUCGCUGUAAUGCUUAUGCGGAAUUUAAACCAGACUCUAGGACUUUGCAAUGGAACAAGGAUGAUGGUGACGAAAUGUCUGAAACAUUGUGUUGAGUGUGAAGUAAUUUGUGGCGCUUUUCUUGGGAGUAGGCACUUCAUUCCCAGGAUGGAGCUUUAUCCAACCGAGACAAAACUCCCAUUUAAGUUGAUAAGGAAACAAAUGCCUCUUCAAAUCUGCUACUCGAUGACUAUUAACAAAUCUCAAGGCCAAUCUCUUGAAAGAGUUGGUUUAUUUCUACCAAAGCCGGCCUUCACACAUGGUCAAAUAUAUGUAGCUGUUAGUAGGGUGACGUCUCCAUCUGGAUUGAGACUUUUCAUCGAUGCAAACACAGGUGAACCGACAAAUAUAACCCAGAAUAUAGUUUACAAGGAGGUGUUUUACAACCUGCCCAAAGUCUGAGUUUGGUUCAUAAAUUUUUUGAGCACAUAUAUUCAGGAAGUUGUUUGUGACCAAUCUUUACUGUCAUUAUCUUAGGCUUAUAGCCUACAGACUACUAUAUGAUCAUGCUUAUCAAAGUGUUAUAGCAUUUUUUGAUUACACUUCCUGAAAGAAUUAAUUGUUUUUGUUAACAAUAGAAUUUUUCUACCCGCAGUGCGAUGUAAUCUUCGCUGUAAAGAUUGUUAUUU